UAAACAGGACCCACAUUUCUUCAGGUUCACCUGCUCUCUGCUGCCGUGGAUCUCGAGAGAUACAUACCGACAUUUCUCACUCAUCAAGAGAUUCGGAUAUCUGCUGCCAGUGACGGGGGUGGGGGGGAUUUGCUGGGAUACAGACUGAGCCUGAAUCAGGAUGGAAUGUCUGCAGAAGUUAUUAGAAAAUAUAGUGUCUCUGAAAGUCAGGGCGUACGUGAAGGACUACUGCAAGAGGAAUGGUCUGCUGACACUCUCGGUCUUUGCGGUAGUGACCGGCUGUGUGCUUGGAUUUAUUCUCCGGUCAUUCAACCUCUCCACACAGGCCAAGAUCUACUUCUCCUUCCCUGGAGAACUGCUGAUGAGGAUGUUGAAGAUGUUGAUUCUCCCACUUAUCACCUCCAGUCUUAUGUCUGGCCUGUCAGCCAUGGACACCAAGGCAAGCGGUCGUCUGGGAGUCCUGACCAUCACUUAUUACCUGUGGACGACUUUCAUCGCUGUCAUCGUUGGUAUCGUGCUGGUUAUCAUCGUUCACCCAGGGACCGGCUCUGAAAAAGACAGUCACCAUUCACAUUCAGGGCCUGUUAUGACCUCUGCUGAUGCUCUGCUGGACCUCAUCAGGAACAUGAUCCCAUCAAACCUGAUUGAAGCAACUUUUCAGCAGUACCGGACAGAUUUGGUACCCAUUGUACAGAAUAAUGACGCAAAAGUGUCUCAGGCCAACUAUGUAUACGUCAUGCCCGAUUACCACAACCCUCGCCUGGGUCAUCCAGUCUUCCUGGAGAUCACCCCUGCACCUGACAUCAAGUACAAGAUUGUCCCAAGUACAAGCAAAGGCAUGAAUGUAUUGGGGAUUGUCAUCUUCUCAGCUACAAUGGGUCUGCUGCUGGGGAAAAUGGGGGAACGUGGCACACCACUCGUCAAUGUGUGCCAGUGCAUCAACGAGUGUGUCAUGAAGAUCAUCAAUGCUGCUAUGUGGUAUUUUCCCUUCGGCAUUGUGUUCCUGGUGGCAGGAAAGAUCCUGGACAUGCACGACCCAGCCCAUCUGGGAGAGAAGCUGGGCAUGUACUUCAUCACUGUCCUGUGUGGUCUCUUAGUGCAUGGCCUCAUCCUGCUGCCUCUCUUUUAUUUCUUCUUUACCCGCAAAAAUCCAUUCACCUUCAUCAGAGGGCUGCUGCAGGCUCUUGUCAUUGCACUGGCUACAUCUUCAAGCUCAGCCACGCUGCCAAUCACUAUGAAGUGUCUCCUGGAGAACUGUGGAGUUGACCGGCAAAUUGCUCGAUUUGUGCUUCCAGUGGGAGCCACUAUCAACAUGGAUGGAACAGCCCUGUAUGAAGCAGUGGCAGCCAUCUUCAUAGCUCAAGUCAAUGAGUAUGACUUGGACUUUGGCCAGCUGGUCACUAUCAGUAUAACAGCAACCGCAGCCAGCAUUGGAGCAGCUGGGAUACCUCAAGCGGGUUUGGUUACAAUGGUGAUUGUCCUGACCUCUGUGGGUUUACCACCUGCUGACAUCUCCUUGAUUGUAGCCAUUGACUGGGUGCUUGAUCGAUUCAGGACAAUGAUCAAUGUUCUGGGUGAUGCCUUAGCUGCUGGGAUUAUGGCUCAUAUAUGCAAGAAGGACUUUGAUAAAUCAGCAACCGCUGCUUCUGCUGCUGUACCUGCUGUUGCCAAUAAAGAACGGAGAGACACAGUAAUCUCCUUUGGCAAUCAGAGCGUGGCACUGUCUGAUGCUCCGCUGAUCACACAUCGCUGCGAUUAUGUGUUUGAAGUGGAUGGAGACAACGUGCUGGAGAAACCCGUGCCCUGCUACAACCUCUGUCAAGUCUGAGACACUUUUACACGAUGCCUUCUACAGCACGUAGAUGCACCUACAAAGGCACUAACCGAGGCUCUAAAAGUUCACUCAAAGCCUGUGCCAUGCAGAAACCUGUACUACUUGAUACAAUGUACAAAACAGCAUGUCUCUAUUCAGCUUUGCAUGUAGAGUGAUGUGAGGAGAUGCAUUUUAUUAAAUCUUAAAUGCACAUUGUCUGAAUGCACUUGCAGACAUGAACAUACGUCACGAUGACAUGCAUUGGAUGGAGAUCAGUGUUUAUCAGUUCCAGGGGGACAAUUAAACAUCCACAGUAGACCCGUCAUAAUGAAACAUGACUGCAGUUUUAACUUAAGUCUAGGUUUUGAAAUGCCUUAACGUUGCCUCAUUUUUGACAAUAAUGCUGAGACCUUGAAAGACUUGAAUGUUAUAAGGAGCUAAUAGACAAAGAGCAACAGAACAGGGGUUUUCUCUCUGUUAGACAAGGUGUUUAUGCAUAAAUAUUAAAGCAACAUUAAGAAAUAUACCAACAUAUACCUAGCAAAUGGAAAUUAUAGGAUAAUUUGUGUUUUUAUACCACUGCUUUUAAUUUUGUGUUCAUUUCUAAUAAAAACCUGCUACAUA